AUGGGUCCCGAUGCCAGAAAGAAGAAGAAUCAGAAGAAGAAGCAGAAACAGAAGCAGAAGAAAGCUUCUAGCCAGCAUGGAGAGAAUCCCUCAGUCAUGGGAGAGGAUCUUUCUCAAGACGCCGCUGUAGAAGAAAAAACUUCAGACAAAGAAGACUUACUUGACCCUGAAGAGCCACAAUUGGAAGACCAAGAUUCUAAAAAGGUUGAUCCGACAAACCAAGCUGAAGGGUCACAAGAAUCGCUCGGUGAGCCGACCGGUGUAAUUUUAGGCGAAAAGAAACCUGUGGAUAACGAUAUAGAAGCUAUUAAUGCCGAAAAUGCGAAUUUUCCGGCAAGCCCACCAGGUAGAGUGGCAAGCCCGGAAACAGAUACACUACGAAAGCUUUCAUCGAAUACAACACACACAGACGACAACAGUGUUAAUUUUGACACUGAAACAGCUUCAAACGUGGCAAUUGAUACAACGCCUCACGAAACACUCAAGCAGACAGAAGAUGCAUUGCAAAAUUCGUUUACAAACCAAAGAAAACAAGAUCAGGACGAUUAUGGAAACAAUGGUGUACCGGAAGAUCAGAUUACCGAUAGAAGUGUGAUCGGUACAGAGGGUGUGCAGGAUUUGACUACCCACAUUAUACCAACGCAACAAGCGGAAAUUGGUCAGGAAACAACUGAGAAUUUCAGCGGAGACAGUAAAAUCGAGGCCCAUCAAAACGAAAGCAGUGUAGAGGAGUGGGAGGCAGGACCCAACGAAGUGGAAACAGACUUGAAUAAAACUAGUGAUCAUGAGGCAGAGCCCUUACUUCAUUUGGGCUCUAGCACUGCUGCUAUCCCCGACCCAGCAUUAGAAUUGGGUCCAGAGACAAAUAUUCGGGAAAAUCAUGUAGACACUACUGAAGAAACGUUGUGCGAUCAGCACGAAAGAGAGGUUGAAACUGCUGGUAAUGCUAGCGUGACUGCCAACCUUGGUGCAUCUGUGCACCUCGAUAGUUUUCAAACCACAGCUAAAGAGGACGUUGAAAUUACUUCGAAAUCUGAAGACAGAGCAGUUUCGACUAACGUCCCCGCUUUCGCGCAGCAGCCUAGUUUUCAAUCUUCGCAAAAUGUUUUGAGGGCUGAUGAAAUUGAAGCUAGUGCCAAUGAGUCAUCACUAAUGCCCACCACCUAUCUGGAAGAGAGCGAUACUUCGAUUGGGCAAGAAGACACUGUUGAAAGAGCAAAUUUAGCGAUUAAUACUAUUGGAUCAAUAGAACACAUUCAAGAGCCCGACGUUUCACCACAUGGAGAACACACUAUUAUUCCCAGCCAAGAACUUAAUGAGCAAGGUAUUUCAACAGUUACUCAGGAUAGCAAUGGGAGCGGCGGCGUUCAAGACUAUGGCCUUGAAGUCCAUGGCAACGAGCAAAAGGGCGGUGGGGAUAUUGCUUCAUUUGAAGCAAGAGACAGCUCAUCGCCACAUGUGCAAGGAUCUGAAUCGCAUCAAGUGGACAAAUCUAAUGGGUUUGAUGAUGAUCUAUUUCCAAGCACAGAAAAUUCCGCUGUUUACGGCAUAGAGUCGUUUCAACAGGAGCAUCCAGCUAGUGAUGAGCUUUUCGACAGCGAAGCGAAAGAGGACGGCGUUACAUUUUCAUGGGAGGGCGGAGACGACUUUCUGAGCCAUCUAGGUCAAAGUGAUUCGGCACAUCUGUCAGGAACUGUCGAGACUGCUGAGCCUCUUCCCUAUGGUGAAACUGCUGAAUGGCUGUCUCAUGAACAAAAUAACGAUAUUGACUUACUUCCAUGGGAGGGUGCCAAUGAAGAGGCUGGAGACUCUUCAGUCAUUAGAAACUCUUUGAGCCCUGGCAAAAUUGUCAAAAACUUUUCUUUUCUGGACAAUGAUGAUGAUCUUCUUGAUGAUGACGACAGCUUUCUAGAUUCUGAUGAGGAGCUCACGGCUAAUGCAACUACUGUUGGAAGCGAUACCCAGCGAUCUGCUGUCCCUGUCGUUAACUCUUAUUUACCGCAGUAUGACAAUAUUGUCCAGUCUCCCAUGGCUGGUGUGCAAACUUCACAAUUGGAGGAUGCGACUGGGCCAUCUGAAAUACUUGUUGCUGCUCAUGCACAAGUUCCUACACCGAUUGAAAAGAAAACAACCAAAUACGGGCCCCCGAUGAAGACUGAUGCGGACACUGUUGGUUCCCAAGUAUCUUCUAUCCCAGCCACACCACAAAUACAUCCAUCGGUGUCAUCAAUACGUCCAGCAUUACCGGAGUUCGGGUCUACUCAUAACAUGAACAAGAAGCUUGACGAGGAAAAGAAAAAGUCCGACGCGUACGAUUUUCCUUUGGACCUAACCAGUCGCAAGCCCAACAAGAUCAGACAACCUAAACCGUUCGGCUCCGUGAAUUCUGCGGUUUCUUUGGGUGAUUCUUCUACCGCAUCUCCAAGAGUAUCGAGCGUUGUACUCAAUAGUGGGACCAAUAUUUUGAACGGGCCGCCUUUUCCAGUCAACCAAAAUGCAGUUCUUUCAAAUCAAAACCAAGGGCGGACGGUUCCCCCUAUGCGUAAUCCAUCAGGGUCGCUUCCCUCGUACCCGCCUCAAGUAGGCGCUGUCGAACAGCCUAAUCCUUACCCUCAAGGCACCCAGAAUAGCUCAUACCAGCCUCCAUUGUCAAAUAAGCCUUCUAGCACCGCGCCACUACCAUCAUCGACUAGAUACGCACCUUCGACUACAAAUGCUGAACCCCCUAGGCGCGCAAAUGUCGUGAGUCCCUACGCACCUCAGACUGAUCGUGCAAGAGCCUUUAGCAGCGUAUCGAAUGGAAGUGCAGGUUCAUUCGGAAGUUCAAAAGGUGCUGGUCACAUCCCUCCCGCUACACAAAUCAAUAGACAAAGCAUGAGCAAUGGCACAGCAGGCGGUCAGCACCUACGCCCGGAAGCACAGGCACCUUUGGUUCCUGCACUCAAGACUAUUGGGCUCCCAUCCAUCGGAAAUCAGGCUCUCUCACCCAACACUCAAAAAAGGAGCCACGCACGUUCUAACUCUAGUGUUUAUGCUCCAGCCUAUUCUUCCAAAUAUGCGCCGACCGUCCAGCCUCAGUUUCACUUGCCUUCUCAGGAUAACACUGGUACAGGCUAUGCGCUGAACCCAAACCAAGGACAUUCAUUUGGCACCAAUGAUCCAGCGCAUAGGCCGAACAUUCCAUCUGUUGCUGGCAGGCUAACUGACUCGCAGCCAGUAGAUCCAAAUAUUUCCUUUCACCGGCAGUUCCCUUUAUUUAGCUGGGGGAAUUCAUCCAAGGUGGUACACGCUCUACCUGAAAUAAACGCUGCUAACGCUUUCUUCCCAACAGUCGGGUCAGGACUAAAAAUUCAGAUCUCUAACUAUGAUACAAUUGUUAAGGCAAACAGCGAUUUCAAAAGCUUUCCUGGCCCGUUGAUCAAGAACAGAACGAAAAUCAAGGAAGUGCAAAAGUGGAUUUCAGAUACUUGCUCAACCUUAAGUAAGGAAGAACCUUUGAAGGAUCUGGUUCUUUACAAGAUCAUGAGUGCAAAACUUUCACAGGAUAGUACGCUGGUAGACGUUGCCAAAGCCUUGUACAAUUCGGACGAUUUAUUGCCGUUCCUGUCGCAAGCUUCAUCAAAGAAAAAGAAUACCUUCAAUGCGUUUAAAGUGAAUGGAAAUGAGCAACUGAGGGUUUUGGCAGCUCUUCAGACAGGUGAUCACGAGCAUGCUUUGGAAUUGGCACUCGCCGAUGGUGAUUAUGCAUUAGCGCUAAUGAUAGGAAGCCUCGUUGGUAAGGACAAAUGGGCAGAAGUUGUUGAGAUCUAUCUUCAUGAAUCGUUUCUACCUGUGGCAAAUGAUGCGAUUGAUUUUUCUUCUAGUUUACUGACUUUGAUUUUCCGUGUAUCGAUUGGCAAUAGCAAGCGCAUCUUUAGCGAACUGGCAUCAGAUCAUCACAAGGCCAAUUGGGCCCUUGUUAAUUGGAAAGUGAUUGUUGCCGCAGUCCUCAGUAAUGUGAGUAAUCACUCGGUGAGGCCACUUCCUGAUGCAUCCCAAUUGCCUCCUGCUACAACGGAAUUUUUAAUCGAAUUUGGCCUAUUUCUGUAUCGGGGCGGAACCCAUUUGGGUAGUAUGGCAUGUUUUCUGGCAGCAGAUCUGCCAUUACUGGACCGCGAACUAGUCCCAGGCUCUGAUUUCAAGUUUUAUUCUCUAGGGACGGCAAAUUCGUGGGAAGGAAUGCUUUUGAGCGAGGUUUAUGAAUACUAUCUUACCAUCAGGGACCCUAGCUAUCCUGGAUCGUGCCAUUCCCUCCUCCAGAAACUUUCACACUCACUGGCUCUCAUUGAAUGUGGCAUGGCUGCCGAGGCCUCGAAAUACGUCGACGCUGUCACUCAAAGUAUGAAGCCUUUACGGAAGAACAAUACACUUGCCUAUGCUGUAGAGAUACGAUUAAACUUCGUGUCUUCAAGGCUUAUCGAUGCAAACGUAGGUUGGCUAGGAAAGCCAAAGUUGAGUCAAGUUUGGGGCCAGCUGGACAAGUCCUUCAACAAAUUCAUUGGCGGUGACACCGAAGAGCCACCAAAUGAAGAGUCAAUCAAAAUAUUUGAGAAUUUCACACCUAGCAGCUCCAGAAAUGCCUCAUUGUUAGACUUAAGCAAAGAACCAUUAUCUUUCAAACCUGCCGAAUCCGUUAAUGGCACGAUGACUCCAGCUUUUACUCCAUUGCAAAGGCCUCAGAUGCAUACCAAUGUUUCGUCGAGUAGCUUGAUGAAGGGACGCAAAAGUUCCUCUGUAGCUGAAUCCAAGUACGAUCCUUGCCAUAACCAAUGGUCUGCAACCCCCAUUCAGAAUACAGUGACCGAAAGCUCCAUAUCGGCUUUCGAAUCUCCUGUUCAGCCAUUUCAUUAUAAGUCUCCCUCAAGGUCGAAAGAUCAGCUCAUGGCGGCGGGAACACCUCCCCCAUUAUUUUCCUCUGCGUCGUCUAAAAAAUAUGCUGCUAGAAGGGCUAAUCUAGGUGGUGGCGGUGCGUUAGAUGACGUACCGGCUAAAAUGGAAACGGAAAAUGCAUUACAAUCGCAUGGCCAGACCAAACCAAUAAGAGGUCAGAGAAGUGAGCGCCCCGUAAAUGCAGCUCUUCUUGCAGACCUGCAAGCCCUUCCCCCACCUAUAUCUGGAGUUAUAAGUGGCUACAGUGGCCGACGCGGUUCGGUUCAAUCCCGCACCAGCAUCCAGUCUAAUUCUUCUGACGUACCGCUUUCUAAGCAUGUGCCAGUUCUUGCUACAUCUGCCCUUGCAGGUCAAGCCACCCCUGCCGAGAAUUUUGGUGUAUCGCCCUCCGCUAUACCUAAUCAGACAACUUUUCCGGAGCCGUCACAAGGUGAGUUUAUUGGAGUUGACAAUGGCGACGGGGAUGACUUAACGAGCCGAUCUGGAGAGACGUUGAAACCUGAAGAUAGAAAGAACCAGGUUUCUCCCGAACCUUUCAAACGUGAGGUUGGGAGUGCAUUUUCGGAGAUCGAAACUGACGCUUCAAUCACAGAAGACCAAGAAGCUAAGAGGGUUUAUUCACAGACUCUAGCAAAGAAUGACGAUGAGCAAAAUUUGCAUUUCAAACAAGUGGAGAGUACCCGACAGACUACCUCACCUAGGGUAGAAAGCAUGAAUCUAUCCAAAGACCACGAAACUUUUCAGGCCACGCCGUGGGUUUCAGGACCGCUGAAAACAGGACCGAGCAGGGCGAAAAAGGCAUAUGCCCCACCUCAAGAAGGGAGAAACAGAACAGUUCACAAUCCCUACUCACCUUCUAACUCGCAACCGGCGUUGUACGAUGGUGCUACUCCUGAUGCUGUCAACAACAUGGAACAUGGAGGUUCGAACGAGCAGAUCGAUAUGUUUUCCUAUGGAGGCUACAAUGUGACAAGUGCGGUGUCAACUGAAAUCGGUGAAGAGCAAGUAACUCUCACAAAAGAGUCUGAGUUUAGUUCAUCUCGAGGCACAGAUGACGAACAAUCUAGAGACAAUUCAAUAUCAAGACUUUUAGAACCUGCUGGAACAGAAAGAGAUGCAGGUCCUCAAACUCGGAGCGAGCUUCCACAAACCAAAAAACUAAGCUUGAUGGCCGAUGAUGGAGAUGAGUUGUUUAGCAGUGACAAAGCUCCAGUCAUAAGGCCUUCCUCGAACCCUAGUUUCAAACCAUUUACUCCCGCUUCGACGCCGGGUGCUGAAGAGUAUUAUGAGGACAUUAUAGAAAAUGAAUCUGAUGACGAAGAGGAUGAGGCUGAAGCCGAGAAGCAGCGGUUGGAAGCCGAGAAGCAGCAAGCCGAAGCUGAAAUGCGCGAGGCUAAGGAGCAAGCUAAGAAAAAGAGCUCGGUAGCGAAGGGCGACAAGGAUAAGAACCCAAAUAAUGCUUCGUGGUUUGGUUGGUUGCGCAAGGAUGCGAAUGAAAAGAAACCUGUAAAGGCCAAACUCGGACAUCAGAACACUUUCUAUUACGAUGACAAGCUUCAAAGAUGGGUUAAUAAGAAUGCUACUGCGGAAGAAAAACAGCAAGUGUCCGCUCCGCCUCCACCUCCUCCUAUCAUCAAGAAGAAAGAGGAAGGGUCUCCAAAAGUCAAGCCUCGCUCAGGUUCAGUUGCUGGAGGGGCGGCUGCUCGAACAGGCGCAUUUGUGCCACCAACAUACUCUUUCAAAGAACCCGUAGCAUCAUCCACUGAAAAUGCGGGUGCUUCGAGGAGUGUAUCACCAUCUUUGAGUCCAAGCGUAAGUCUCUCUGGAAAGAAAGCUAACAACAUUGACGAUUUGAUGUCGUUGGCGAACACUCCAGGCAAUCAAGGUGGGACCAGGAGAAAAAAGAAGGCCGCAAGAGGUUAUGUUAAUGUAAUGAACAAUAUGUAA